AUGGCAACCUGUGAAAUCGAUGCUGAUGUUCUUCAAGUCUUCAAGAAGUUCAAGAUGGCCAAAGAUCCAAAGCCAUCUGCUUUGAUCUUUAGAAUCGAUAAAGAUGCACAUAGAUUCGUCAUUGCUGAUGAGAUCAUUGAUAUUUCAUUGGAGAAAUUACAAGAGGAGUUGUCCACUUCAACACCAAGAUAUAUUGUUUAUGUAACCAAAUACACUCAUCAAGAUGGUCGUAUUUCAUAUCCAAUCGUAUUCAUUUACUACAUGCCAAAGGGUAUCUCACCAGCUUUGGCCAUGACCUACUCUGCCAACAAGGAGAAGCUCUUCCGUGCAUUGGAGUUGGGUACACCUUGGAUAAGUUAUAUUUGGAAACAAUAA